ACGUUGCGCGGGGCGGGCGGGGAGCGGCCGUUGGUGACGCCGGCGCGGGCCCGAGGCGCGCGGGGCCCCGAGGAGCGGCGCGGGCCCGGCACGAGCAGGGGCCUCAAUGUGUUCAAGACAUCUAUCUGAAAGGUGGGGAGCUAGUGAAAGAGUUGCAACGUUUUGAAGAUACACACCUUACCAUAUCUAGAAAGUAAUAAAGGAAACUUCAUCCAUACUUCAUCAAAAUGCAGCGGAGUCUGUUACAUUCUGCAUCUCAGCUGGCGCAUGGGACGUGUUGGUUCUUCCCUCGCACUGGUGUCUUUCAGUGCUUGAAAGGACAGUCUGUGUUGUCUAAUGUGGGAUGCAAAGUCAUUCUGGCACUGGACCCUCCCAAACAAUGUCUUCAUGCAGGUGCAGCUCACUUUGCCUCAAAGAAAACUGCUUUUUCAUCCCAUCCAGUAGACACUUCUCACAAGAUUCCUGAAGAAAGAAAUCCUUUGCCUUCGGCCACUGAUGCACCCAAACAGAGCCCUGCAGAGUCAGAUUCUUCAGAACCUGAUCCAUUACAAGAUAAAUCAAUGAGUCUUGUUCAGAGAUUCAAGAAAACUUUUAAGCAGUAUGGGAAAGUCAUGAUUCCAGUGCACCUUGUGACUUCCACUGUGUGGUUUGGAUCCUUUUACUAUGCAGCCAUGAAUGGAGUGAAUGUUGUUCCAUUCCUAGAGUUGAUUGGCUUACCAGACAGCGUAGUAGACAUCCUGAAAAAUUCCCAGAGUGGAAAUGCACUAACUGCAUAUGCAUUGUAUAAAAUUGCAACUCCUGCCAGAUAUACUGUGACUUUGGGAGGAACAUCUGUCACUGUUAAAUACCUACGUAAGCACGGCUAUAUGUCCACACCACCACCAGUAAAGGAAUACCUACAAGACAGGAUGGAGGAAACAAAGGAUAAAAUUACAGAGAAGAUGGAGGAAACAAAGGAUAAAAUUACAGAGAAGAUGGAGGAAACAAAGGAUAAAAUUACAGGGAAGAUGGAGGAAACAAAGGAUAAAAUUACAGGGAAGAUACAAGAAACCAAAGAUAAAGUUUCAUUUAAAAAAAUAAAGGAGUAGGAGAGAUGCUUAGUUUUUGGAUAUAUCAAACUUAGCACUUUAACCAUUUGUGAGGCAGGAUAUGCAAAGUGCACUUCUGAGCUUUUUUUCUUUUUUUCUUUUGUAUUUUUACCCUUUGGAGACUACAAUAGCUACGUGGAUUUAAAGGUUGAAGCUCCUUGGGGAAGAGGUUGUGACCUAAAAGUUUCAAUUUUCAGAAGGAAAAGUGAAUCUCAGAUUAGAAGUUAACAUGUCCCUUGGUAAUAAUGUUAAGAAAUACUCUUCCCUCUUUUUUCCCCACACCCUCCUCCUCAAAACGAAGGCGAUUUCUGCCAAGACCCACUACUCUGUUCUUUUCCUAUCAUAGUGCACAGCCAUGGUUCCACUAGACUGAGUCUUCCAUUAAAUAAGAAUGAAGAUUUCUCUGUUGGGAAGAGCAGCAUGUUUAGGUUUUUAGAGUAUGUGGACCCAAGCCUCUUCGAUGGUGAUCAUCUCUCAAGAUGGAGUGCACCAUUGUCACCGAUACUGCACAUGAAGGAACUGAUGGAUCAGCUACUCAGCAGGAAUGAAUUAUAAUGGCUUCCUUGGCUUCAGCCAGGCUGCUGUGGUUUACAGGUUGAGACUAUGAAUCUUUCUUGAACAGUGCAUCUCUUCAUAACUGAAAGCUAUAGGAAGAUGAGUUAAUCACAGUUGCCAUACUGUCAAGUAUACUUUGUUUCCUGAAGUUGAUUUACAGUACAAAGUGAUUAAAAUCAAUAAUUGUAUAUUAAACACUAGGAUUUGUUCAUUGUGUUCAAGUUUACAAAUCUGCUCUAUUUCAUUUUUGAAACAAAAAAAAAUUGAAAGAAGUUUAUUUGAGAAAUUGCUAUACUAAGGGUUUUUUUAAACACAUGGAAAGUUAGAGUUAAACUCCAAAGUUCCUCCUCCUCCCUCAGUAAAACAAUUUGACUAAAAUAAGCAUGAUUUCUGAGACAGUGAUCACAGUCUACCAAACUUUUUUCCCCUAGAUUAAGUCAGGCAAACACUUAUUCAUACCUGAAGGCUGAAAUGUUGUCUCAGAUGUCAUAAAGGACUAAAGUUGAAACUGUUCUAUUUGGCUGGGCAGGCAAACUUCUCUCAGUUUUAUUCAAAUGUAGGCUGAAUUGAAGUGUGUUUUUCCUAUUUAUACUACAGAUCUCACUUUGUAGCAACUCACCAUGUAUAAGUUGUUUUACAGAGGUGGUUUUUUUCAGGGGGAUAUGGGGGAGCAACAGAGUUAGACCCUGAGAAUUGCAUUUUGCUGGAGUGAAAAAGUACAGCUGAUGAAGUAUCAGCUCUGCCCCACUGUCCCGUUCUCAUUCAAGUCACUGAGGGCUUCUUCAUGUUUAAGUGAGUUGAACUUCAUUAACUUAAUUGUGCAGGAUUGAUUGCAUACUUCUCUGCCUCUGCCCACAGGUAAAAUAGUAACUGUGAUCUAAUGCCUACCUCACAGGGAUGUUGUGAGGAAUAAUCAUUGUAUAUUCAGUGACCUGAAGAUGUAAAGUGCCAUGUUUCUGAUAAAAAUUAUUAAAAAAAAGUAUUUCUGUGAAUUCUUAUACUGCUAAGUACUACUGUAAGGACUAGAGUUAAUAGAUGCUAUUUUGCUUUUCUA